CAAGUCCCUAAUUUAUCCUCUCGUCCCGGGAUUCAAGAGUGCAACCUAUACUCAGUACCUGUCACAUCAACAAAUUGGCUCUUCACAUCAUCUUCAGAAGAUGCCGUCUGCACCUUUGCAGAAGAAAGUUGGCCAGCUAUUUGCGGUCGGCUUUCAUGGCCUGGAGCCAAGUGCUGAGAUCAAGAGUCUGAUACACGACUUUGGAAUUGGAGGCGUCGUGCUCUUCAAGCGCAAUAUCACCGACAUCGCUCAACUACGGGCUCUGACCCACGCGCUACAACAGGAAGCACAACUAGCUGGUCACACACAGCCUCUAUUCAUUGGCAUCGACCAGGAGAAUGGAUGGGUCACCAGAAUCUCACCUCCAAUGGCAUCCCAGCUCCCGGGGCCCAUGGCUCUCGGCGCCACCAACUCCCCCGACUUAGCGUACAAAGUCGGAUUGGGAACAGGCCAAUUGCUAAAACACGUGGGCGUCAAUAUGAACUACGGCCCCGUCUGCGACAUCAAUUCCGAGCCAUUGAAUCCUGUUAUUGGGGUACGUAGCCCAGGCGACGUUCCAGAAUUCGUUGGCCGUUUCGCAAGCGCUAUCGCCCGGGGCCAACGCCAGCACAACCUCAUUUCCUGUGUGAAACACUUCCCCGGGCAUGGAGAUACUGCGACAGACUCCCACUAUGGACUUCCUGUUAUAUCCAAGACGAGAGAGCAGCUGGAGCAGUGCGAGUUAGUGCCAUUCCAGCGCGCCACAGCCGAGGGAAUCGAAGCUGUUAUGACGGCCCAUAUCUCAUUACCCGGCUUGGGAGUUGGCAAGCUGCCGGCUACUCUGUCGCAGGAUGUGCUCAACAUUUUGCGUAAAGAUAUGAAAUAUGAUGGUAUGAUCAUCACGGAUUGUCUGGAGAUGGACGGGAUUCGUGCGACAUACGGGACCGAAGAAGGUUCCGUCCUUGCCCUUGCGGCUGGCAGCGAUAGUAUCAUGAUCUGCCAUACCUAUGAUGUGCAAGUCGCAUCCAUUCGCCGUGUCUGCGAGGCUGUCGAGACAGGCCACAUUCCCAUGAAGAGACUAGAAGACGCAUACCGACAUGUAACCCAGCUGAAGCAAAAGUUCUUAGACUGGGACGAGGCGCUGCGAACAGACGUCGCCAUUGAUUCGUCUUUCCGAGACAUUGACUUGCAGAACCGCGAGCUAGCCGAAGCUGCCUAUGCCAGGUCAGUGACCGUCGUUCGAGACACUUCAAAGAUCCUACCAAUCUCGAAAUCAUGCAAGGUCGUCUUUCUCUUUCCCGGGGACCAGACUCCAGCCGGUGGUGCGGUGGAUGGAGAAGGACUCGGUCGAAAAGGAUCUUACAAUGGUUCCGUAUAUUUUGACGUCUUGAAAGAGUAUAACCCAGCUGUUGCUGAAAUCCGUUACGGUGCAGCAGGCUUGUCCGAAGAAGAGUGGCUUCUUAUUGACGCUGCUGACGUCGUUAUUCUCACUACGAUCAACGCGCGUGAGUCGCCUUUCCAGAGGGAUCUGGGACUGAAGCUGUCUAAACGUGCUCGGGCACUGGUAAGCAUUGCAGCCUGCAAUCCCUACGACUUCCUCGAUGAGCCUACCAUAGGCACCUACAUCGCCACGUACGAACCCACCGUGGAGGCCUUCACCGCCGCAGCAGCGAUAAUAUUUGGCGCAGCAACCGCAACAGGUAAACUCCCAGUCUCCACCCAGGAACCGCGAUUGUCCGUCGAAGUCUCCCCCCUCGACGACCUUGGAGACCUCAAACAACUGCAAACCGUCUGGAACACCGCUCUACCCACCUAUCCACUGUCUCUCUCGAGCCUCCGAAAGCUCCUCCCCCAGCCUCACGCACAUCACUUCCUCGCCCGCCAUGGCAACAACAUCGUCGGCUUCUGUCUGACCUACACCCGCACCACGGACGACGAGAGAUCUGCCUACCUCUCCGCCAUCGCCGUCUCCCCGAGCGCCCAAAACCAAGGCAUCGGGAGCACGCUACUUCAAGAAGUCAUAGCCUGGUACACAACAACCCAGAAAGCCACCCGUCUCGACCUCAGCAGUUCGUUUCCACGCUUUUGGCCAGGCCUACCGGACGACCUCCCACCAUCCACCGCCCAGUUCUUCGAAAACCGGGGCUUCAUCUUCACUAGCCCGCCCCCGCGCCACGUCGACCUCUACCGGGACAUCACCGACUUCGAACUCGAGGACAAAUACAUCGCCAAAGCGCAGAGCCAGGGCUACACUUUUGCUCCUCUCCAGCCACACCAAUACGAGGAAUGUAUCACAGGACAGAGAAAGAACUUUUCACAUAAUCAGCCCUGGCUCCAAACCUACAUAAAUCUCCACCCACAAACCCACCCCAACAGCAUAAUGACGGUCUUCAGUCCCCAAGGCCACCAAUGUGGCUGGACGCUGAUGCUCGACCCAUCCUCCCCUCUCCAGCAAGCGCAAUGGGCGCUUCCGCCCGUCUGCGGAGGCCCCGGCACCCGCACCGGUCUAAUCGGGUGCGUGGGCGUCGACCAGGAACACCGGGGCAAGGGCGUCGGGGUGGCGAUGCUGGCUCAUGCGCUCGCCCAUCUCCGGGAGCGCGGGGUGCAGGGGGUCAUGGUCGACUGGGUCGUGUUGGAGGGGUUCUAUGAGUCGGUGGGGUUCGAGGUGUGGAGGGGGUAUCGGCUGGGUUCGGUUCGGAUUUAGAUAGGAUACUCGAGUUCACUUUCAC